UAAAACUGCUUUGGAACACGUCAGAUAUUUUAGCCGCUGUCAUUUUGCUCGUAGAUAUCAGUUGGUAUAAAAGUUGUGAAAGUUCUAGGAUUUAUUGAUGUAAAUUUCCUUAUUCGAGAUUUUCAGUAUUGAAUAUUUUAAUAAAAAAAAAAUAAAAGUUAGCCAGCUGGUGGAGAACUUAAGAAUAUACAGAAUUUUUCCUACUAAGUAUACGUAAGCACCGGCAAGAAGUCAACAUGUUAGCCGACACAAGUAUCAAAAAUGAUACUGCAAACCGACAUCGGAGUACCACGUCAUUAACAUAUAUUAAACACUUAUUUUUAACCGCCUGCCUGCUGGUAUUGGCUAGCAGCCACAUAUCUGGCAUCAAUGCUGCGGCUGUAAUGUCUGUUGAUCUAGGAACAGAAUGGAUGAAAGUUGGUGUAGUUUCUGCCGGCGUACCAAUGGAAAUAGCGCUUAAUAAAGAAUCGAAACGUAAAACACCCGCUUUAUUAGCAUUUCGUGAUGGUAUGCGCACAUUUGGUGAAGAUGGUAUGACUGUCGGCAUACGUGAACCGGCUGCAGCUUAUGGCUAUUUACUCGAUUUGUUAGGCAAGACAAUAGACAAUCCAAUUGUUGAUUUGUACAGGAAACGUUUCCCUUAUUAUGAAAUUAUUGGGGAUCCCGAGCGCAACACAGUAAUUUUUAGAAAAAGUGAUACGGAGCAAUUUUCUGUUGAAGAGCUAAUUGCGCAAAUACUUGUUAAAGCUAAGGAGUUCGCACAGGAAUCCACUUCUCAGGUUAUAACCGAAUGCGUUCUUACGGUUCCCGGGUAUUUUGGACAGGCAGAACGUGAAGCUUUCCUGACUGCUGCUGAAUUGGCUAAUCUAAAAGUUUUGCAACUAAUUAAUGACUAUACUGCAGUAGCCCUUAACUAUGGAGUAUUUCACCGGGCAGAAAUUAAUGAGACUGCGCAAUACUUCAUUUUCUAUGACAUGGGGGCAUACAAAACAUCGGCAGCCGUGGUCAGUUAUCAGUUAAUGAAGGACAAAGUAACAAAAGAAACGAAUCCGGUUAUACAGGUGUUAGGUGUGGGUUACGAUCGCACUUUGGGUGGACUAGAGCUUCAACUUCGUCUUCGUGACUAUUUAGCUGCUGAAUUCAAUGCCAUGAAGAAAACAGAGACUGAUGUAACAACUAGCCCACGUGCACUUGCCAAACUAUUCAAAGAGGCGGGUCGUGUUAAGAAUGUUCUUUCAGCGAAUAAUGAUCAUUUUGCUCAAAUAGAGAAUUUACUAGAAGAUCUAGAUUUUAAACUGCAAGUAACUCGUGAAAAAUUAGAGGAACUCGGUGCAGAUUUAUGGCCAAGAGUUGUGAAACCACUUGAACAAGCUCUCUCCGCGUCAGGACUUUCUUUGGAUACUAUUUCUCAAGUAAUAAUUUUUGGUGGUGGUACACGUGUACCUAAAGUUCAAGAAAUCCUAAAGCAAGCCAUUAAACAAGAUUUGGGUAAGAGCUUGAAUGCUGACGAGGCCGCAACUAUGGGAGCAGUAUACAAAGCAGCAGAUUUGGCUACUGGAUUCAAAGUAAAAAAAUUCAUUGUAAAGGACGCUGUUAUAUUCCCCAUUCAAGUUACUUUCGAACGCGAUCCUGGUGAUGGCAGUGCAGUGCGCCAAGUAAAGCGUGUACUCUUUAGCCAAAUGAACUCUUAUCCGCAGAAAAAAGUUAUUACUUUCAACAAGCACACCGAAGACUUUGACUUUAAUGUUCAUUAUGGCGACUUAAGUCAUUUAUCUGCCCAAGAAAUUUCCUAUAUUGGUUCAUUGAACAUAUCUCGCGUGGAAUUGCAAAAAGUGAAGGAACUGAUUGAGAAACACCAAAAUGAUGUAAUUGAAUCUAAGGGUAUUAAGGCUUACUUUACCUUAGAUGAUUCAGGCAUAUUUCAUUGUGCUGGUGUGGAAUAUGUUUAUGAAAAACAAAAGGAAGACGAAGGAACAUUAGCUAAGCUUGGCAGCACCAUAAGCAAACUUUUCUCAAAAGAUGAUGCAAAAGACACCGAAAAUAGUGAGGGCGAAGAUGCUGAAAAGCUAGAUCCUAAAAACACUAAAGGUGAAACAGCCGAGAAGAAGGAUGAAAAAGAUUCUCAAAGCGCCAAUAAAACUGAGGAAACUAAAUCAGAUGACGAAAAAGACAAAAGUGUUAAAAAUGCUACUAUUAAAUUAGUUACGAUUAAAGAGCCUGUGGAACAUAAAAUAACACAACUCGUCACCAUCCCCCUAACAGGUGAUUCAUAUGAAAAAUCUGUUGAAAAAUUGUCGUCGAUAAAUGCUGCUGAAUCCAUCCGCAACCGCUUAGAGUCGGCUUUGAAUGCUCUUGAAUCACAUGUAAUUGAAAUACAACAAAAAUUAGACGAAGAAGAGUAUGCUUCUUGUGCUUCGUCAGAAGAAAAAGAAAAAAUUCUUGAAUUGUGCUCAACAAUAUCCGAUUGGCUUUAUGAGGAUCAUGAAAAUCCCACUCCGGAAAUGUAUGAAGAACGUUUAAAAGAGUUGAAAAAACUUACAAAUGUCUUCUUUUCACGUCAUUGGGAACACUCAGAACGUCCAGAAGCAUUGAAGGCACUGGAUAGUAUGAUUGAUGGCGCAAAGAAAUUUCUUGACAGUGCUAAAAAUUUAACCAAAGAAUCAAAUCCUGAGAAAGAUGUAUUCACACAAGUCGAAAUCGAAACACUCAGCAAAGUGAUAGGCGAAACCAGUGACUGGAAGAAGACUGAAAACAAGGCUCAACAACAACUACAACGCCAUGAUGAAGUUCGCUUGACAGUUAAAGACAUUACCGAUAAAAUGUCACUACUUGACCGCGAGGUAAAAUAUAUGGUUAACAAACUAAAAAUCUGGAAGCCGAAAGUAAAGCCAACUAAAAAAACUAAAAAGGACAACAAAACUGAAACCAACGAGAAAAAUGGUGAAGGAGAGAGUACGUCUGGUGCCAAUAAUGAAGAACAAACAAAAGAGGAAGAACCUGAAUCUGAAAACAUAGCAAAUGAGAAAGUAGAUCAGACCGAAGAUAAGGAAGAUAAGACAACAGAAAAACCGCCAAAUGCGGAAGAACACACUCCGCGCUCCGAUUUGUAAGAGUUUAAGAGCUGAACAGUAUGUGAUAGUUCAUAUAUAUAGAGACCAAUUGCAGGUCUAAUAGUGCUAAGUGAAUGACUGCAUCAAACUCAACAACUUUUUAGUAUACAGCACUUUACAAUUUAUUAUAAAGAAAACAAUGUAAGCAUUUUCCAUUCCACCCCAAAUCCGUUUAAAAUGUCAAAAUGGACGUAUCUCUACAACUAAGCUAGAUUGUUUACUUAUUUCUAAAAUGUAUAUUAAAUGUCUUAAACUCACCUGUCACUACAGAUAACAUUAAAAGAUAGUUAUCUGUGCUAUUUUAUAUGCAAAAAGGGUCUGUGCACUAUAAAACAUAAAAAGCACAUUUAGUUUAAUUUUUAUAUUUUCCAAUAGACAUUGUACGUGCUAUGCUUCUACUAAGUUAUUAUAAAAUUAAUGUUCAGAAAGAGAAAAAUAUAUGUCUGGAUAAUUAUGAAUACUUUUAGACCAUUCUGUAAUUUGAAUUACAAUAAUUUAUUUUGAAUUAUAUGUUUAUAGCAACAAAUUUAAAAAUGUGUGUACAUACAAAAAUAUAAAUCUGCAAUUUUAAUUGAAUUGAUAGGUCUUAAAAUAUAUACUUAAAUAUUAAAAGUUCAAUUUCAUACUUGGGUUUGAAAAGCUUCCAGGUCAAUAGUGACGGAUUGUAUUUCCCAAUUAUAGAAAACACUUUCAAUAUAUACUUAUUACCGAAUUUAUUAUGUAUUUAAUAUUUUCAAAAGCAAAAUAGAUCUUAAUUUUUCUAAUUAAAAA